GAGAUGCACCAUUUCACAACCUCUCGGGCUAAACCUGCAAAAGUUUUUGUUUUUUCAAAUGCAAUAGCCAGCACUCUAUUGUUUGAUCUUAUAAUGCUCAUAUCUUUUGUGUUGAGAGCAAACACGUUGACAUUAGGUGAAAUUCUUCAAGCAUAUAUUUAAUAAUAAUGUGAAAGUAAUAAUUUGCUUUUAAUACUCGCACGCACGCACGCACAGCCAUGCCUCUCGAUGGACUUGGAAACCGUUUGAUGAAAUAUAUUCUGGUUGGAUUUAAUAUUUUUGUUUUGAUUAUGGGAGCCACGACCAUUGGUCUAGGAGUCUGGGCCACAUCCUCUGAGUAUGGCGCCAGUGAGAUGAAGCUAGUGUCUGGUGAAGAGCUCUACCACGCAGCGUGUACCAUUGUGUUGGUUGGUGGCUCUGUCAUGUCUCUCAUCUCCCUCGCGGGCUGUCUGGGAGGACUCUUGGAGAGCAAACCAGUUCUAGGCUUGUAUUUAUUCUUUAUGAUGAUCAUACUGCUGUUGUUUCUUGUCUGUGCCAUCCUGGGAUUCUUCUUCAAAGAGAACUUUGAAGCCAAACUGUCCCAACAUAUGAAGAGCUCAUUGACAGACCAGUUCUACGUCAACUACACCACUGACAGUUCCAAUAAACUGGCGACAGACAUAUGGAAUAAACUACAGAAAGAGUUCCAGUGCUGUGGUGUAAGUGGAGGCUUAAAAAGCAGCUGGUCUUGGUGUCUCUACCAGAGGAGCAAGUGGUUUCACAAUCAAGAUGCGCCAGCUCUGUCAAGAGACUAUGUGCCAGAGAGUUGUUGCAAUGUCAGUAUCACCAACCUGACAGAAUGUCAAAAGUUGCAGCCUUCAGCUGGCUCUCUUAUUAUCCCAGUACAGAAAGAGCCCUCUAUGGUGACAGACGUUAAUCCUGCUUUGUAUCAUAGAGGCUGCUAUGAUGCUGUUAGGGAGUCUAUAUCACAGAACACUAUCACAAUAGCCUCCAUUGUUCUGGUCUGUAUUGUAAUCACGGUACUAUGUAUUAUGUUAGCAACAUGUGUUUGUAUGGAAAUAAGGCAAUAUAACUACAUAGUGUGAAAAAAACAGCAGUGAGUUCAAUGGCGUCAAGACAAGGGGCCCAAAAGGGGACAUAACAAAAACAAUGUCAAAGUACUAGAUUUAAGAAGAGUUAUUCUGACACCACUGGAGCUAUACUUUCUAAACAGUUGUACACAGUUUCCCAAACAUGGCUCAAAACAGUUUGUUUAUAGUGUGACUGUGUGAACAAGAGCAUAUGAAAGAUGAAGAUCUUUAUUUAUUUACAAAUUAGAUUUACAAAUCAGCAUAUAAAAACAUCCAAUACUAUGUAAGAAUCAAAUUUAGAAAAAAAAGUUUUCAAUGACUAAUUACUUACACUUUUUUUUUUCUUCACAAGAAAAAGAGAAUUACAUUAGUCUAUCAUUUUAAAUUAAUUAAAAAGAAAUUCGUUCUUUUUUUAUUUCCAAUGGCAUCCCACAAGUAAAAGGAAUUGGUUGAGAUAUUUUUACUUCUAAAUUCAGAGAUGCAACUUGAAUAUUUCAAGCCAUAAAAUAGUCCUCAAUGUUACUUGUCACAGGAUAUGCACAACAUGCAGUGAUAUGGAAUCAUUUCUUUGCAGCACCAAGUUUUACUUGUCUCUUUUUUAUAUGCUUUGGAAUUUUCGUCUGUCUCUUUUCUUUUUGUGAGUCUUUCACAA